CAACUGCAGUGGCUUGCGGUUGACUCAACGUGUAGUCGAUCAGUUCUUCAACGGCAACCCGUGGCAUUCAUUGGAUACUCAGGCUGCUCAGUCAUAGAAAAAUUUUAAUUGAAUACGUGUAUUUAUUGCUGACCAUUUAAUUAUUGUAGUUUAAUAAUUAGUGGCUGGUGAAAUUACAUUUUAAUUUUUAGUAAAGAAAUUUUUUUACUAUUCAAGCAGCAGCUCAAAUUAACAUAGAUGACAAUGGAAUCUAAAUCACCAACAAUAGCUGAAUGGUUCCGGAAUCGUCAUGUACUCAUAACAGGUGCCACGGGAUUUAUGGGCAAGGUUUUAGUUUCGAAAUUGCUGUCCAGUUGCCCGGACAUUGAAAAAAUAUAUCUUCUUGUACGUGAAAAGAAAGGAAUUGAUCCACAAACACGAUUGCAAUCUAUUGUACAGCAAGAGCCAUUUAGAGCACUACGAGAACAAAAACCAGAGCGAUUAAAAAAACUUGUAGUAAUCCCAGGUGAUGUGACAGUUGAAGGAUUAGACCUAUCAGAAGCUAAUAAAGAAUGUUUAUUGCAAAAAGUGUCUGUCGUGUUUCAUGGGGCCGCCAAUGUCAAGUUCGAUACUCCACUCAAGGACGCCAUAAACAUGAAUACCAGGGGAACUGCUAAUAUUAUAGCUCUCGCUAAACAGAUGAACAAGCUUCAGGCAUUGAUUCAUAUUUCUACAUCCUACUCACAAUGUGGUGAAGAUGUACUUGAAGAACGCGCCUAUCCAACUCCAAUCUCACCAGAAAAUGUCAUGACUCUUGUCAAUAUUGUAAAUGAUGAUCUUUUGAAUUCAAUCACCCCAAAACUUUUAGGAGUACAGCCUAAUACAUAUGCAUUUAGUAAAGCUCUUGCGGAAGAUUUGGUUAAUAGGUCCAAUUUACCAGUAGGAGUUGCUCGACCUUCAAUUGUUGUAGCUUCUUGGAAAGAACCAGCACCUGGAUGGGUAGAAAGUAUGAAUGGACCGACAGGGUUGAUGAUUGGAGCAGCUAAAGGAGUAAUCCGAAGUGUUCUUUGUGAUCCAAAUCUUUUAAUUGAUGCUAUUCCUUGUGAUAUAGCUGUAAAUGCUAUAAUAGCACUUGCAUGGCGAGUAGGUUUAGAAUCCCCAAGCAAACCAAUAUUUAUGAAUGUAACUGAAAGCGGAGAGAAUCCAAUGACUUGGGGAGAUUCUCUCAAGUAUGGGCGAAAGCAUGCUUUAGCAAAUCCAUUCUCAGGAAUUUUAUGGUAUCCACGUGGAGGAAUGACGACAAAUAAAUACAUUCAUUAUAUUUCUGUAUUCCUUCUUCAUUUAUUACCCGCUUAUUUCAUUGAUGGCAUCUGUCUUAUGACGGGAAACAAACCAUUUUUAGUAAAAAUACAAAAUAGAGUUAAUUGGGGACUCAGACUAGUUCAAUAUUACACAAUGAAGCCAUGGGUCUUUUUAAAUGAUGGAAUGAAAGAUUUAAGAGAAAAAUUAGAUCCAGCCGAUAAAGAAACAUUCUUUAUGGAUACUAAGGCAUAUGAUUGGGAUCAAUUUAUGAAAAUAUAUGUCUUAGGUGCUCGACGCUAUGUCUUAAAAGAAGAUCCCGCUACACUACCUCAAAGCCGAAGAAUUUUUAUGAUUUAUUGGAUUGCCGAUGGCAUCCUAAGAUUUGCUUUAGUUGCACUUUUUUGUUGGUUCCUUUAUAUUUGCAUUAGCCCCUUUAUUUUUUCUAGAACCCUUGUUGGAGUUAUUGAACAUUAAUUAUAUAAAUGAGAACUAUUAAAGUACAAUUAAAAAAAUUAAAGUUUCAUUUAAAAAUUAAAUGAGUGAUGAUUAAAAUAUUUUUUUUGAUAAUCUUAAGAUAAAUGUAUCAAUCAGUAAAAUACUUACUGACA